AUGACCACGCGAACAGUGCCCGAAAUCGAAAACGAUCUAGUUACCGUCGAUCAGGCCCUGGCAACAGUGUCCGAAAUACGGUCGUCUCUGCAUCAGUUUACUCGCCUUAUUCAGACAGAACGCAAGACACCUAAUUUUGUCUAUCAAUUCAGUGAUCGACUAAAUACCAUCAAAAGAGAGCUUAAUCGCCUAUCGACUGCUGGCGAAAAUCUAAAAGGUAACGCGGAAAAUCUGACUGAAUUGUAG